AUGACCCUGAAAGGACCUGCAACAACGCAAGCCACGCUCGAAAGCGUACCUGUGUUUGCGCAGAUGAAAGUGAUAAUGCGUAGCGCUGGUAAUCUCGGAAAUGUGGCACCCAUGAUUAUCGUGCCCGGGUCAAAUGAUCCUCAUCCUGAUAUCCCAGCAUCUGAGGCGUUGAAUGUAGGAGCUGACCGCAUAUAUGUCAUGUUUGAAUCUGGCAACGUCACGAAUGAGGCCCGAAAGGGAAGACGCGACCAGCAAGGACUGAAAGGGAGAUCACUGCCAGCCGGCGCAAAGGCUCGCUCUGUGAAUCCUGGCAUGAUUCUGGCUGGGGUGACCGGAAAAUAA